UCGACACGCUAAACGGACAUUUUAACGGCCUCUACGCCCGCCUCACCAUUAGUCACCAACUCAACGAAUUCAACACAUUUUCCGGCUGGAAGGUAAAACCAAAUAAAAAUUUUAAAAAUAUUUCUCUAAGCUGGACGACCAUUUUUUGGAUGGGCGUCGGGGAGGAGCCGAUUGUAAAACCCCAAAGUGAAUAAUACGCCAGGUGACAGUUCAUCCGGCGGAGGACUCACCUUGGCUGACGUCUUCGCGGGCCUAUUCCGAGAUGACGACUCGUUACCGGGCCAGGCCGGGCAACGGGAGUGUGGCCGGCGGAGGGACGGUCAAAUCGCAGUACAUGAACAUUAAACUGGCGCCAAAGGAGUUUGUGCGGAUCGAUCACCCGCGCCAGCCGUGCCGCUCCGGACCGAACGGCGGCCCAGACGGCGGCGGCCCGGAUUGCGAAAUUGAAUGUUUCCAGCGGGCCGUGACUUCAGUCACGAACUGCAGGCUUCCGUACAUGAACUUGACAUCGGCCGGGAUUCCCUACUGCAAUUCCAGCGCCAGCGUCAAGCAGACGGAGGAAUUAGUCGCCCGGCUCAUUACCGAAACCCGUAGCCAAUUGAAAUGCAAUUGCAUCGAAUCCUGUUCCAAGGUGGUUUACAAGUAUCAGAGCGAGUCCCAUACCGUCCCGACGGGCAACGGACGGGUUAAAAUAUUUUACGAGACGGCUCUGUGGGUGACUGUCAACGAAGUGCUGGUCUAUUCGCCGGUCAAACUCCUCUGCGACGCCGGCAACAUCCUCUGUCUAUUGCUGGGCGCUUCGGCACUCAGCUUUGUCGAGACGGCCGACUACCUCGCCCACAAAUUGAUGGCCUUGCGCUUUUUCAGCCCAUGGAAAUAAAAAUAAAAUAAAAA